CCGUCGAUUGGAAUUGCUGAAGUUUUACGCGUCGAUUGAUUGAGGGAGCUACAGCUACAGGAAAGAUUUAGAGAAAUGGCUGAAAACAUAAUGGUGGAUUCUCAUGUUUGGGUGGAAGACCCAGAAAGAGCAUGGAUUGAUGGGGUUGUACUUAAUAUAAAGGGAGACGAAGCAGAGAUUAAAACCAAUGAUGGCAGAGAGGUUAUUGCUAACUUAUCAAAACUCUAUCCAAAAGACAUUGAAGCUCCUUCAGAGGGAGUAGAGGACAUGACUAGAUUAUCUUAUCUGCAUGAGCCUGCAGUUCUUGACAACUUGGCAACCAGAUAUGAGCUCAAUGAAAUUUAUACUUAUACAGGAAACAUUCUUAUUGCCGUCAAUCCCUUUCAAGGACUCCCCCAUCUCUAUGAUGCUGAGGUUAUGGAGAAGUAUAAGGAAGCCUAUUUCAAAGAGCUGAGUCCUCAUGUUUUUGCAAUUGGUGGCAUCGCAUAUAGGGAAAUGAUUAAUGAGGGCAGGAACAAAUGUAUAUUGGUCAGCGGUGAAAGUGGUUCUGGAAAGACAGAAACAACUAAGAUGCUCAUGCGUUACCUUGCAUACUUUGGAGGGCAUAGUGCAGCUGAAGGAAGGACAGUUGAAAACCAAGUUUUGGAAUCAAAUCCAGUUCUCGAGGCAUUUGGAAAUGCGAAGACUGUUAAGAACAACAAUUCCAGUCGUUUUGGAAAAUUUGUGGAGAUUCAGUUUGAUGACGUGGGCCGAAUAUCAGGGGCAGCCAUCAGAACUUACCUUUUGGAGAGGUCACGUGUUUGCCAAGUUUCAGAUCCUGAACGUAAUUAUCACUGCUUUUAUCUCCUGUGUGCUGCUCCUCCUGAGGACGUUGAGAGGUUUAAGUUGGGGGAUCCUAAGUCAUUUCGCUAUCUUAACCAAUCUAGCUGCUACGAACUUGAUGGUGUAAAUGAUGCAGAGGAGUAUCUUGCUACUAGAAGGGCUAUGGAUGUAGUUGGAAUAAGUGAAAAAGAACAGGAUGCAAUUUUCAGAGUUGUGGCUGCCAUUCUCCAUCUUGGAAAUAUUGAAUUUUCGAAGGGAGAAGAUGCUGAUUCAUCAUCAGUAAAAGAUGAACAGUCAAUGUUUCAUCUCCAAAUGACAUCAGAACUGCUCAUGUGUGAUCCCCAUUCCUUAGAAGAUGCUUUGUGUAAGCGUAUGAUGGUCACCCCAGAAGAAGUUAUCAAGAGAAGUCUUGAUCCUCUUGGUGCUGCCGUUAGCAGGGAUGGUUUAGCAAAGACAAUAUACUCUAGACUCUUUGAUUGGUUGGUGAACAAAAUAAAUAUCUCUAUUGGGCAAGAUUCUCACUCUAGGCGCUUGAUCGGAGUCCUUGACAUCUAUGGUUUUGAAAGCUUUAAAACCAACAGUUUUGAGCAAUUCUGUAUUAAUUACACGAAUGAAAAGCUGCAACAGCAUUUCAAUCAGCAUGUAUUCAAAAUGGAACAAGGUGAAUAUCAGAAAGAAGAAAUAGAUUGGAGCUAUGUGGAGUUUGUUGAUAAUCAAGAUGUCGUGGAUCUGAUUGAAAAGAAACCGGGUGGUAUUAUUGCUCUUCUGGAUGAAGCAUGCAUGCUACCAAAAUCAACUCCUGAAACAUUUUCUGAGAAGCUGUAUCACACAUUCAAGGAUCAUAAGCGCUUCAUGAAACCAAAAUUGACUCGAUCAGAUUUUACAUUAGUUCAUUAUGCAGGGGAUGUUCAAUACCAGUCCGAUCAAUUUUUAGACAAAAACAAAGACUAUGUUGUUGCCGAGCAUCAAGAUUUGUUAAAUGCUUCCAAAUGUUCUUUUGUGUCAGGCCUUUUUCCUCCUCUUCCUAAAGAGAGUAGCAAAUCUAAGUUUUCUUCAAUUGGCGCUCGUUUCAAGCUACAAUUGCAACAGCUGAUGGAGACACUGAACUCUACGGAACCCCACUACAUCAGGUGUGUUAAGCCAAACAAUUUGUUGCAACCAACAGUGUUUGACAAUGCCAAUGUCUUGCAUCAAUUACGCUCUGGGGGUGUUCUUGAGGCCAUCAGAGUGAAAUGCGCUGGAUAUCCAACAAAUAGAACUUUCAUUGAAUUUUUAAAUCGAUUUCUCAUUCUUGCACCGGAAAUUCUGAAAGGAGAGUACGAAGCAGAGGUUGCAUGCAAAUGGAUUUUGGAGAAAAAAGGGCUUACAGGUUACCAGAUUGGAAAAAGUAAAGUUUUCCUAAGAGCUGGUCAGAUGGCUGAGUUAGAUGCACACAGAACAAGAGUGCUCGGCGAAUCAGCGAGGAUGAUUCAGGGACAAGUUAGAACUCGUCUGACAAGAGAACGAUUUGUUCUCAUGCGGAGGGCUUCAGUUAAUAUACAAGCUAAUUGGAGAGGAAAUCUCGCACGAAAGAUAUCCAAGGACAUGAGAAGGGAGGAAGCUGCCAUCAAAAUACAGAAAAACUUGCGUAGACAGAUUGCAAAGAAAGAUUACGGGAAGACCAAAUCUUCCGCACUCACCUUGCAAAGUGGAGUCCGCACAAUGGCUGCACGUCAUGAAUUCCGUUAUAAAUUAACGACUAGGGCAGCAACUGUGAUUCAGGCGUAUUGGCGUGGUUACAGUGCUAUAUCUGAAUACAAGAAACUGAAAAGAGUUUCUCUUGUUUGUAAAAGUAAUCUCAGAGGAAGAAUUGCGAGAAAACGGUUGGGACAGUCAAAGCAGGCUGACAGAAAAGAAGAGACAGAAAAUGAAAGAAAGGUGGAACUUUCCAACAGAGAAGAAGAGGCAGUUGAUAUGUCCUUUGUACUGCAUUCAGAGCAAAAGAAGCCUUACAACACCUUUUCUGUUGUUAGCCAAAUAACGGAUCCUAUUCGUGAUACAGAAAUUGAAUCCCUCACUGCAGAAGUUGAGAUGCUGAAGGCCUUAUUGCAAGUUGAGAAACAAAGAGCUGACAUUUCCGAAAGAAAAUGUGCUGAAGCCCGAGAACUUGGGGAGAGAAGACGUAAAAGAUUAGAAGAAACAGAAAGAAGAGUUUACCAGUUACAAGACUCUUUGAACAGGUUGUUAUAUUCUAUGUCGGACCAAUUCUCGCAACUGAAGUCCAUCUUGAGAUCUCCUUCUAUGUCAGCUUCAACAAUGGCCUCAGCGCCAGUUGUGCGUGAUGAUCUUGCUGACAGCUCUGAGAACUCUGAAGCUUCAUCAAGUGAUUCCGACUUCACUUUUCCUGCUCCAUCUCCUUCCUCAGACAAUUUUUCGACUUUUAACCCGAAUCAGCUGCAAGUCAUUGUUCAGGAUCUAUCGACCACAGAAGCCAAAGGAACUGAGAGCUACGACAGUGAUAAGGAAGGGGGCUUUGAAGAUUACUUUUGAUGAUGAAGGGCUGACUUGAUCUCUUCACAAGAUAUUUGGAGUUUUGAUAAUCUCUUUACUCCAUUGUUGUGCCACAGGGCAAUUGUUAUAGCGUUUACACUUAGUUCAAACUACAAUUUGUAUUUUCCUCAGGAAUAGAUGCUGCAACAACUAUGUAGGGUCAUUAAGAUAUGUCAAGUUCCAUGUUGUUAAUGCACAAACAAGCCAUGUUUGUUACUUCACUAAUACAAUUGUUGCUCAAUU